ACGAAGUUCAUCAAUGGGUCCAGCGCAGAAUAACAAAAUAUCUGAGAGAAUUCAAGCGCUACAGCAAUCAUCUCAAUACCCGAAUAACAAAGAAGCUAAGAAUAAGCCAAUAGAUACCAAAUUAUCUGUGAAGGGACGUGCAGCGAGGUUCUCACAAUUCGAUACCGGGAAGCCAUUAGAACCAAUUAAUUACAAUACCUUGAAUGAUAAUAAACAAAGGCAGAUUAUAGGCAAUAGAAUACCAAGAGCUUCAACUGGUGGUAACCCAUCGAUUGCCGUUAUUCCGAGAGACGUUGAAAAGAAACAACGUAGAAGGUCUGAGGAUAUUUCAAUGCUUGAUAGUUCACGCUUGUCUAUAAUGUCAGACCAGUCUUCUCAGUCUGUCCCAGCCGGCGUUUUGGCAGAUGCGAAUACACCAAGUAUGCCAACGUCAAACAUGCUUAGAGCAAACUCUGCAAUCCUUGCAGAGCUUAUGUCCAAAGGUGAAGCUGACAAUGGAGAGCUUAACAAGAAGGUCGUAGAGGACGCUUCUGGAUCUGGAACGUGUACAGUUGUAUCCUCAUCACGUUCGCCAACGCCAAAGUUAGAUGAAGAACCACAAGAUGAGGUACAAGAGAAUGUAGCAGAAGGGAAUAUUUCAUCCGGAGCCUCAUCCGUAACUACACCAAAGGAGUCAGUAGCGACACCAAGGGCGUCAAAUGUAGCCACACCGGUAGCCUCUCCACAGCCUAUCAAAGCCAACCCAGUUCCAUCACUUGUUGUAGUGCCUCCUAGGGAUACCUCAAAGACUAGCGUACGGCGCGAAAGAGAAGAACGCACUAAUCAUGACGAAAAUGAUAACGAUAAUGGCUGGAAGUACAUAGCGACUAACAAGGCGAGAAAAUCUCAACCACCACCUGAGGAAGAUCCAGUUGCAAUGGAUUUCGGUCCUUCUAUGCCACUCGAUGAGCGUUUCAACUUCAUAUCCCUCACAGAACCAAACGCAAUAUCGAAAUUAGAACCGAAAUUGAACGAAAGCGGCAUUAGUGGAAAUAUACCCGAUCAACAACAAACUAAGCCAGGUUCACAUAAAUCGAGAGUUUCGACUUCCGAUUCUAUUGCUUUGUCACAAGCUGAUUCUACAAAGUCCACAUUCAAGAGCUCAAUGGGGAGAAUAUUCAAAGGAAAGAAAAUAUUUGGUAAGCGCAGGAAGACGUUGGAAGGGGUACAAUCACCUGCUAUUGAGGUGCCACCUUUACCUACCAGCUUUAGUCAGACAUUGCCUGCGCUUAGAUCAAUUGAACCAAUGAAUAUCAACCUCCCAACAGCCGAAGAAAUUGAGAGACGUGAAGAAGAAGCAAGACAACUCAAAGAGGCCGAAGAAAGACGCAAAAAGGAACGUGAAGAGGAGCAAGCGAGAAACAGAAAGAUUCAAGAGAACCGAAUAAGAGAGCUUAAGGAGGCCGGCAGGAGUAAGUCUUCAUUGGGUGCAUCUAAGGUAUCGCCUAAAGCUGCACCUAAAGAGAAACCAAAGGAGGUACCUAAAAAUACCACACCAGCACCAGCACCAGCAACACCUGAGCCUGAAUUUACCAUUGAAGAUGCAGACUGGGCAACCGCUGUAAUCAAUCAGUAUAACUAAAAAAAGCCGUCAUAGACGCACUAACGUCACAAACUGGACUAACGAAUGCCAAUUUCUUUAAUUCUUUAUGGAAAACUUUACUUUCAUUUAAUCAAGACAACUCAGCUAUACCAAAAAAUACCCCUCCAACGCGACCAUAAUAGGCGAUAUAACGCUCAUUUAGCUACCUAAUUGUUCGAUUAUUUCAUAAAUCUAUAUUACAAGUA